AAAUCCAAACUCAAAUUGCAACACCCAAAACCAAGUUACGUACAUGUCAUUUUUUGAUUUUUUUUGAACUCAGAAGACAACCCUUGGGUUCACCGUAAAACAGAUGUUAAAACUUCUAUUCCGGUUGUCAAGCAGCCGUAGAACCCUCUGGAAUGAAUUGAAUUAACUUAUAUUCAAUUUGUAUAAUACUACUGUAUUGAAUCUCUGUAGAUCUGGCCAUCCAUAUUGGAAAAACCAAAAAGCAAGACUCCCAUCCUUAUUAUGUUUUUGACUAGACCUGUGUAAAUUUUUCAUAGAAAUGCUCAUAAUCAAGAAAAUAAUUCAGAGCCUUUCGUAUUGCUGAUUUGAAAUCGGAAAUGAUGCGUAGUACUAUUGCAAAUUUUAAGGAAAAUCUUUCACGGAUUGCUUUAGAAGUUAAGGAUACUGCAGAGGAGCUUGAAUUAUUAGGAGGAGAAGAACGCAAGCAUCCUGAUGGACCGAGGCAGGAACACAAUCUUCAUCUUUCUAAUGGGAUGGAUCACAAUGUCAAAGCUGAGCUUGAUUGGUACAAGGGAGAAAUUCAGAGGCUUCAAAAUUCUGAAGCUGAAAUUCAGGCAAUGUCUGUCAAUUAUGCAUCCAUUUUAAAGGAGCGAGAGGAAGAGCUGUCUAGGUUGCAUCAGGAGAAUGAAAAGUUGAAGAAAACAAUGGUGGGGGUUUCUGCAGGACACAUGCUACCUAAUGGGGAUGAUAGAAGACAUAUGGAAAUUACAGAUGCUUCCAAGGUUGGAGACAGUUCAUCUAAUGGGAUGGAUGUGCCACAGGGACAAAUUGACAUCCCAGCAACCAGGCAACAGAGGUAUGGGAAUGCCUCUCGUAGUCAAAACAGCCAAGGCAUUUUACGUGUUCAUGGUAAACACGCAAAUACUGGUGCAGUUUUGAAAUGGGAUGUGGCAAGUAAUGGAAAUUCAUCACCACCAGAGUUAGAGGGGCGACAAAAGCAAAUGGAAUUGAAAAUCAAGAAAUUACAAGAACGGGAAAAGGAGCUUUUAAAUUUGCUUCAAGAAGCAAAACAGACUGCAGUGUCAGAGAAAGCUGAAAAUGAAAAAUUAUUGGCUGAAAUGAGUAAACUGAAGGAAUUGCGGGAAAAAGAGCUAAUUGAUUCAGCAAAUGCAAAGUUGCAACUUCAGAAGGAACAAGAGUUGAUUGAAAUUGCUCAGAAGGAAUGCAGUGUUUUAAAUGCAGAGAAGGAAGGGAUGUUGAUGGAGAUGACAGAGCUAAAAAGAAACCUAAAUGAGAAGAAUGCAGAUAUGAGUAAGCUGCAAGCAGAUCUUAGUAAGAGGAAUGUGAUGCUGUCAAAUGAACACAUUGAAAAAUUACAAAGGACGAUUGCCACACUUGAAAAGCAGAAUACUGGUCUUAAGACAGAGAAGGAUAGUCUAAUUAAUGUCCUGAAAGGCCAGAAACAACAAUUUAUCCAUACCAAACAAGGCGAUUCUUCACAUACUACAUCUGAUAAACAACUCAGAGAUGGAAAUCAGCAGGUUCAACUAUCACUUGAAAAUCUGGGAAGCCUGGAAGAAGCUAAUAGGUUGCAGAAAUUAGAGUUUGAACGUAAUUUGAAGGAGGUUUGCAAUGAAAGGGACAAAGCAUUGCGUGAUUUGGCCAGACUCAAGCAACAUCUCUUGGAUAAGGAGUUAGAAGAUUCAGAGAAAAUGGAUGAAGAUAGUGAACGCAUAGCAGAUCUUCAGAGGCUAGUAGAUGGUAGAAAUGCUCGCAUAAUGCAAUUGGAGAGAUCUCUUGCACAUGCAAUUGCAAGUCAGGAUGAAAUUAAAAUGAGCAAUAGUGAUGAAUUGCGGAAGGCAAAUGAAAUUAUCAGUGACUUAAGGCAAAAAUUUGAGGUUUGUGUCAGUGCUCUAGAAUCAAAAAAUGUUGAAGUUCAGAAUCUUCAGACUGUUCUUGGGCAAUACUAUGCAGAGAGUGAAGUAAAGGAUCGAGUUUUUGGUGAGUUAGCUGCUGCAAGAGAAGAGAUCAACAAACUGUCUGAAAACUUAAAGACAGCAUAUCACAUGAUUGAGAUAAAGAACAAAGAAAAAGAUGAAAUUUUGGAUAAGUUGUCAGUAGCUGAAAGGCAAUAUUCAGAAGGCCAGCAGAGAGCCCAGAAAUUAGAAGAAGAAAUUUUGAGGCUACGCCGUGCUUUGGAGCAGAGCAUGACUCGGUUGAACAGGAUGUCUAUAGAUUCAGACUAUUUUGUUGACAGGCGCAUUGUGAUAAAAUUACUUGUAACAUAUUUCCAACGACAGCAUAGCAAAGAGGUUCUAGAUCUGAUGGUACGUAUGCUUGGCUUCUCUGAAGAAGAUAAGCAAAGGAUAGGUCUUGCUCAACAAGGAGCUAGCAAAGGUGUUGUUCGAGGUGUUCUGGGUUUUCCUGGGCGCCUUGUUGGUGGCAUCAUGGGAAGUGGCUCAACUCAAACUUCACCUCCAGUACCAUCUGACAACCAGUCUUUUGCAGAUCUUUGGGUUGAUUUUCUUCUUAAGGAAUCAGAAGAGAGAGAAAGAAGAGAGAAUGCAGAAACACAGGAUAAAGCUGGAGUCUCUAAGCAGGGUCAAGAGAUUGUAUCUGGUGGUUCAAGAGCUCUGACUGCUUCAGAAACAAGUACAAGUUUAUCUGUCAGAGGUGAUGUCACUUUAAAAUCUCCUUUUAGUUCACAGGAAACAGUACAUUCAACAGGUGGGUUUUCAGACAUUCCAAUAACGUACUCAUCUACUGAGCAGCCCUUGAGGACACAGAUUUCAAGAGAAAGUCGGUGGUCUGAUCCUGCUGACACAGAAUUUUCAACAGUUCCUUUAAAUUCCGCUGUUUCUCCCACACUUCCAAACAGUAUACGACACUCAAGGAUGAUGCCUAGGCCUUGAGCUUGCCAUUGUAUUGUAAUGGAAAAUGAUUUCUUGUACAAGGUAAUUAGUAUAUACCACGCUGCCUGAUUUAUUAGUUAUUGAAUCUCUAAGAUAUUUGAAUCUUUUGGAGGAUGUUAUUUGCUGUUAAAAGCUGGUACCACAAAAAUUUCACUAGUGCUCCAAUGUGUUCCAAUUAACUUAUUUUUAAAGUUGGCAGAGUAUUUGCAGGAGAAUAAGUAAGGAUACAGUGUAGAGAUUCUUUUAGGCUACAGGGUUAUUUGGCAAUUUUGUGCAUAGGCUUGGACAAUACUGUGGCCUCAAAUAUCUUUGUAAUUGUUUCUAUGAUGGAUUCUUUCUCUCACGGAAUGUGAUGAAUUAUAGUUGUUCCUAUGAACUGAUUGUCAGUUACUUUUUACCUUAGUCAAGGAAAUAUACAAUGGUUAUUUUCCUUUAGGACGGUUCUUCUUUCAGAAGAUGAUGAGGCCAGGAUGAUCGAUUUUUUCCUACCUGGUGUACAGUCUUCAAGAGCACAGAUGUGAAAAGAAUUCUUACUGAUGUUCUUAUACUACACAUCAUUCAAGGCAGUUAUUCAAUUCAAGGUUCCAUUACGAAGGUUGCCACUUCGGAUGGCCACCUGUGCUGCACUUUUGAUGCAUAAAGGAAAGUAUUAAGUAAUGAUCAGGAUGGCUACAAGCACGAUUUCCCUGGCAUCAAUGUAUUAUCACAUGCAACCCCACUGUAUAGCUCACUUAAUAAAAGCUACCAUUCAAGGCACAUGAUAAUCGAUUCAAAUUUGUAUCUACAUGCAUUUAGUUCUCAUUGAAAGAUCUCAGGGAAGUACAAUGUAUUAUGCUGCUCCUCUUGCUUUUGAAAAUGAUUUCAAAAUAUUAAUCUUA